UGACUACAAAAAAAAAAAAAAAAAAAACUCAUACUGCUUUGGUGGAAGCAGCAGAAUAUGUGCUUCAAAACAGACUUACCUGUAAGUAACACGCUUUUUAAACAAGUGUUGUGAGUUACGUUUCUUAAAAAUUACUAUUUGUUGCCGAAAUGUAUGUCAUGGACAGAGAGCGCAGUCAGUAUUACUUCCACAGAACCGCGCUGUAACUUCUGUAGGAGAGGAGUCGGCUUGAGUCGCUGAAGCGAGAGAGCAGCACCGCACAUCUGGGGCAUCAAUUCAAAAACAAAGUUCCAGAUGCUCCGUUAGUUUGGGCGCUGCGAUACGGAUUGGACACGCUGGGUCUGCAGUGUGUGCAUACACACCUUUAUGAAAACAAAGCAGAUUUCGCUUCAACGAGUUCAGUAUUAUGGCUUCAGGACUUCCAGAUGCAGGUCGGAGGCUGGAGCCAAUGGAGAAGGCUGAGGAAUGCCCAGGAAAGAAAAAAUCGAAAUUCCAGACGUUUAAGAACUUUUUUGUCAAGAAGAAGAGAAAAGAGCCGCCCGCGCCCGACGGGGAGAGUGUUUUAAAGCAGAGCCGGUCCAGCGACAACGUCAGCAACCCAGACCAGGCGGAGGUCUUGUCAGACUCUGAGGAGUAUGAGACAGGGUCCAAGGGCAGCAUGGGAAACAAGGCCCUGUCGCAUGACAGCGUGUUCGUUUCUGAUAAGCCCUCGUCGGAAGCCAAUGACGGCUUGGUGUCUUCACAAGAAAACAUCCCGGGGAAGGUGAAGUCUUUGCAGUUUCAGCUGCAGCAGGCUAUCAGAAUGGACUCCCCUCUUGCUGUUACCCCAGGAAAGAAGUGUGAUGAUGGGGGUGCUCUGUCGGAGGACGACGGUCUUCCCAAGAGUCCCCCGGAGAUCUCUACUCUUCACACAGUGCUGACUGGCUCCACGCACAGGUCCUCCAACCCCGUCCAAAGACACAGUUCAUUGAGUUUAGAGGGGACAGACAGUGAAGAUGAUGAACAGGCGGGCAAUGAUGCCUCCUCCAGCCUGGCAAGCCCCCUGGUGUCGCCCGACAGGGCCCCCCUUCCUGCUGACUUCAGUAGCCCUGCGACCCCCCUGGCCUGCCUGGACAACUCUGUGGCAAAGCACCGGAUCGCUGUCAAGCACAAGGCCUGUGCCAGGAGGAGGCCUGCCAGAAGAGGGGUUUUAGGAUGCCUGAAGCCCAAGAGUUUUACUGGAAAGGUGCUGAAGAAAGAAGAUAAACAAAGAUACAACACAAGAAUAGCAGAAGAAUCUACAGAUCAGAACAAAGAAGAGGCAGGUUUGUUUACACAACAAGAGGACACUGAAGAGCACAAUUUCAAGCUGAAAGAAACAACUUCAGUCCAAUCGCAGGCUGCUGCACAGUCCAGGACAUCCGAAGAGACAACAGCCAGUCCUAUAAGGCACGGCGAGCCUCCAAGCACACUGGGAAGCUCCAAGCAGCAGCAACACCAUCCUUCAAACCCGGCUCCUGAGUGGAAAGAUGUUUCGGAGUCCUGUAUCCCGCCCCCCCUAGAGAGUGGGCCUGAAGUCCAGGAAGGUUCUCCUGCAGAACCGCGUGUUCCAGCAAAUCUCUGCGAAUCUUCAAUCCCCCAUGAUCUCUCGAGCACGUUGACAUGCGCACAGGAUAUCAGCUUUGGAGAUGGGGUUACAGAGGCGAAAUGCAAGCCUGCAGAGGAUGAAGAACCCAGAUCCUUUUCUGAAGAAGUACCAAAUUCCUAUGAAGGUCCUUUAUCAUCUACAUGUGUGCUAGAACCUGAGGCUGCAACCUUAGAAACAGAUUCUAGCGUGGAGGGCACAAACAGUGGCGCUCUGGAGGAAUCGUCAGAAUCUGGUUCCAGCAACUGUGAGCCCAGUCUCUCCAAGCUCAUUGACACUGAAGCACAUCCUACACCUGAAGAACAAGCAGAGCAAAAAGAAGCGUUGAAAAAAGACCCAGAAACGAAGUUUGAUGACAACAAAGAUGUAGCUGGUGCAACUGAAGACUCAGCCAAAGCAGACAAUGAAGCACUGAGUGGACUUCAAAUAGAGGAAGACUUGAUGCUUAAAGAUGAUACCAAGACUGAAGCAGAACCAGAAACUGAAGACACGGGGAGAGCAAAACUAGCCUCAGGUGAGGAUGACAUUCUAGUGACAGAAGAUUCUGAUUCUGUACAGCAUUCUGUGCAGGUUUUAAAAUCUACUGCAGAGCAAUCAAUCCAGUCUUUGCAAGACAACAGUCCCCCGUCACAGCCAGCGAGCGAGAGCUUACCUCUUGCUAACCCUAACCUACACAAAGCCUUAGCAGCCAAUUCUGAUGAGCCCUUCAGUAAAGCUGACAAGCCUGCAGCAGACGCUUGUCUUAAGCAAGAUCUCAAAAGAGAACAACAGACUCAUUUCUCAGUGGGGCAGAAACAGAUUAGCAGUUCUGCAAGCAAAGCCCGGUUCACCAUCGCCCCAGCUUGGCAGAGGUCUCUGUCAGGGGGCACACAGCAGAAGGACACUAAUUUCCUGUCACCGAUUGUGCCCGAGUCAUUUGAAGAAGUCAAGGACUCUAAUAACAAAUGUACAGACAUAACAAUGGAAUCAUCACCCGCAGAGAAGCCAGAAGUCCCAGCGGUACCUGACAGAGGCCAGGUGCCCUCCGCCCACACCGUCCUGAAAGUGCACCCCAGCCGUGAAGCUCCCAGCAGCGACAAUCCUUUUGGCAUCAGGCUGAGAAGAACCUCGGCCUUGCUGAAAUACAGCUGUGAGAGCUUGGCAGAGCCUGUGGCGGCGGCACUGACAGCAGAGCCAGCUGUCUGUAGCAAUGAAGUGGUGAAGGCACCCCAGGUUGAUUCAACAGGCAGCAAGCCUGCCUUGCCUAAAAAGCCAGAAAUGUCAGAGGAGAAUGCAGUCCUGUGCAGUAAAACGUCAGAGAGAACUGGAGGAAGGUUAGCCUCCCCCACCUGGGUCACUGUGGCCAAACAGAAACAGAGGGUCCAUCAAGAGCACGCCGUCAGCAGGGAGCCGUCCCUGGAAGAGACAGCGGACAGGUACCCCAGUGCAGAGAAGGAUGUUUCGCUGAGACAAACCCCACUCCCUGUCUCACUUAGUAGCGAGAAGAAUGAGUCAACCAAGCUCUCGUGUUCAACGGUAACAGCAGGGUCCUGCUCUUCGGAGAUGUCACAGCAUGCUACGCUGGAACAGGAAGAGAAGAGGCCAUCAGCGUCCAGCCCUGGAGCCCCUGCCAGCACAGCAGAGCCUCCCUGGCUAGCACUCGCCAAGAAGAAAGCCAAAGCAUGGAGCGACAUGCCUCAGAUCGUACAGUGAGGAGGAGGACUGCGUACAACAAUACCUGACAUUCCACAACCCAGUGGUCUUUAUAAAGAUCAGAAAUAUAUCUAAACUGAUUUGCACAUGUCGUUUGAGAUAUCUCUCUGUUCUGUUGUGUAACUUUGUUAACACAAUUAAACUCCUGUACAUGGCUCUGUUCAUUACCACAGUAUGUGUAAAAACAGUGUUGAGAGAAUUCACUAAUUCAUGCAUUCUUUAAUACCAAAUAUCUGGGCAUGUGAAGUAUACUUGUCCUCAGCUUUGAAGAGUAGAAUUACUGUUUUGUUUUUUUUUUUGGUUUUUUUUGUCAAUUAAAAUAAAUACUUUUUUGUAUAUACUAAUGGCCUUGGAAUAAAAGUGAUGCUGGAUGAAAUGCUAUGCUGAAAGAUCAUGAUGCUGGAUGAAAUGCUGAAAGAUGAUGCUGGAUGAAAUGCUAUGCUAAAAGAUCAUGAUGCUGGAUGAAAUGCUGAAAGAUGAUGCUGGAUGAAAUGCUAUGCUGAAAGAUCAUGAUGCUGGAUGAAAUGCUAUGCUGAAAGAUCAUGAUGCUGGAUGAAAUGCUAUGCUAAAAGAUCAUGAUGCUGGAUGAAAUGCUGAAAGAUUAUGCUGGAUGAAAUGCUAUGCUGAAAGAUCAUGAUGAUGGAUGAAAUGCUAUGCUGAAAGAUCAUGAUGCUGGAUGAAAUGCUAUGCUGAAAGAUCAUGAUGAUGGAUGAAAUGCUAUGCUGAAAGAUCUUGUUUUGUGUCAAAAAAGGAGGGAGAAAGCAAGGAGAAAUGUCCCAUUUUUUAUUUAUUUUUUCUGCUUUGUAUUUGAAAUUUUAGAUGUGAAACGUAUGAGUUAUAUUUUGUGAAAUCCCUGGAUGAAUGUCACAGCUAGUUCAACAGUGUAUAGAAAUUGCAAUGACUGUCGGUGGCUUUUUCACAUGAGAAUACUUUAUAAUGAAGGAUACAGUAAAACAUGGGACAAUUUCAAUGUGUUAUAAAUCUGUUAAUUUACCUUUUUUUUUAAAUGUGGGGUGGAAAACAUGAUCACUGUAAACAUAACUGUAUAGCCAAAUACAUGAAUUCUGUUUUCUUUGCAUUUGCUUCUUUGUACAUUUAAAUGCGUAUUUUAAUAAAUAUAAAAGGCAGGGUGAUGCAAACACAUGUUACACAGCAUUCUUGAUUUACAGCAACAUGAUCUGCAGCUUUGCAGAUGGCACUCGUUUUUGGCACUGCACACUACAGAGAGCUCACUGUACACUGCCCCACUAUGCAGCACUUUGUCACAGUUUUUGAUUGUCUGCAGUGUAUAUAUAUAUAUAUUCAAUUUUAUUAAAUUUCUGUUUUAGACUCAAUUCUAUUUUUACAAAGUCUCUUUUUAUCUUAGUUUUUCUAACUUUACAAUUCAGCACAUUUUUGUCUCUAAAUUGCUGUUUCAUUAAACAGUUUUUUCAUUUAA